AAAAGAUCCAAGAUUUCAAAAGUAUAUAGCGUUCUACAAUUUUUUAAUUUAUCCAGAUUUUCUAAAGUUAUUUUAAUUUUUAAUCAUGGCUUAGGAUGGUUUUACUACUUAACGACACAGUAAUAUUCAUGUUUGAUUGAUAAAAACAACAAAAGCUUCAAAGUUCAGAACCGACUGUACGUUACAGCUUGUUAUGGCUUUCGCCGUUGAAACGGUGAGUGGCGGACCUGGAUUACUGAUGGAAGUGAUCCAGGUCCAGCAGCAGAAUGGCCACUUGCUACCGUUGGACGAAUCGACGGCCACCUUCCUCGAUAUGGAUUUCUGUCGACUUUGCUUGAUCCGGGGAGAUGGUCAGCUUAUUAGCGUCUUUAAUGCGGAACUAGCAGUCGAGGGCAGGGAGCCACUAAAUGCCAGGAUCCAUCGGUUCUUCGAGGUUGCGAUUAAUGAAAACGACCUUCUGCCAACCCAAAUUUGUGGUCAAUGUCUUCUUCAGACCGAAAGCUGUACAGAAUUCCGCGAGAAUUGCAUUCAAAAUGAUAGAAGAUUGAGACAGUUGAUAUUCAGUGGGAACUCGCAAGAAAUGUCAAUACUAUCUUUGGAAGCCACCUCGGAAAUGUCUUACAGAAAAACAGAAGAAAGCACUGUAGAUGAAAAGUCACAGGAUCCUGAAGAUGUUCCGCUUGAGGGGGAGGAACAAGAAGAUGACCCUCAGGAUGAUAUUGGACCGGAGGACGAAGAAGAGUUGCCGGAAACAAUCGUAAUUGAUCCGAUGAAAGAUUACGAGAGUUCCAACCAAAGUGUACCGGAAGCAUUUUCUGACGAAGAUGAUCCUGAAGAUCGGCUCGUGAUGGACGAAAUUACCACGGAAGAUAUGAAAAUGGAAAACACAAACGAUUCUUCGGAAGAUGUUCCAGAGGAAGAGAAUAGGCCAAUGAAGAAAAUAGUCCACAUGUGCAAGUACUGUGACGUGGCCUUUGCCCUGUCGAGCGCUUGUUACGUUCAUGAAACGCAAGAUCACGACAUACUCGCCCCGUUUGGGUGUCCGUUUUGCGAGUUCAAGACGGUAAAUCGAGGCUCGUUGAUAUCACACAUCCGGAGCAUUCACGGCAUCGAUCGGCCCUACAUUUGUAUUCAAUGCAACAAAGGCUUCCACCGGAGGUCGGAUCUCAAGAAGCACACAUUUGUACAUAGUGGAGUGCGACCGUUUGCGUGUGAAGAGUGCGGCAAAAGCUUUUCCAGAAACACAAACUUAACCAAGCAUUUGAGGAUUCAUUCCGGAUUCAAACCGCACAUAUGCAGUACUUGCCCUAGAUCAUUCGCCAACAAAGCUGACCUUUUGCGGCACCAAAACAUUCAUAUGUCCUUAGGUAAACAGUUCUCAUGCAGCAAAUGUAACAACACAUACGCUAGGAAGGACAAACUUCUCAGCCAUCAGCGCACAUGUUUUGCCAAAGCUCAACUAAAGCAGCAGCUCCAGCGACAGUUGGAUCCGCAAAAUAUCGCACACACUACUGAUAGCCUUCUAAUCGGUUCAAAAGGAGCUUGGCCUGAGUACGACGGAGAAAAUAUGGUUAUUUCCCUGAACCCUUACCAGGAGAUUGAACCGAUUGCGGCGGAAGAAGACCCAGGUAUUCCGAACGCAGCACCGAUAUCGGCCGUGUCUAACUUUUCCAAUGUAACGCUUCAACAAUCAACUCCAGCUGGUGGUUCAUCAUCGCUGCAAACAAAGCUCUAUUCCUGUCAAAAAUGUCCCAAGAAAUUUCUCUCAAAAAAUACUCUCCACACCCAUCAGCUGAUUCAUUCGGACGCUCGGAACUAUCGGUGUCACACCUGUGACAAAAAGUUCAUCCGCAAGCGAGAACUCGAUCGACAUUUGAUUGCCGUACACUCGAACCACAAACCGUUCGAGUGCAAGCAGUGCUCAAAGCGGUUCUCGCGUAAAGACAAACUUUUGCGCCACGAGCGCGUCCACCGCGUUGAUAAACUGUUCAGUUGCACCGACUGCGAUGCUCAGUUCCUACGGAAGGAAGCGCUGGAUACGCAUCGCAAAAUUCAUUCCAUAGCAUCGAUAAUCCGGGAAGAUCAGCACCGUCAGUUGUUCCAACAGCAGCAGCAACCUGCGCCACCUUCAUCGAUUCUGCCGUCCGAUGUGAUCAUUAUGAUAGAUCAAGGUGCUUCUGCUGUGACCCCUGGCCACGAGCAGCUCAUGUUGGAGCAGAUGCUGUCGGCGUAUGGAGCAAGCGGUGGUGGAACAGGAGGAGGAACGCUGGGUCACACCGGCGAUUCUGUUUUGCUAUGAGUAAAGGCAGCAAACAUCACACCCAAAACACAUUCGGCAAUUCCAAUAAUUUCUGUGGUAAUAAUCAAAAGUAAAAUCUCUUAGCCGGGGCUUUAGCAGCGUUUCAAAAUUCGGUAUACGAUAACCCCAUGCCACAGACAAAAAGGAUAGGGCGUGGACAUUGGCACAAUCAACCUCUCUUGGAUCUGCUAUGAACCCAUUUAGGUUUCGGUAAAAAAACCUUUUUAUCUAUAUUUUUAUAAUUUAGCUUUAAAAUCUUAAUUUAUUGGAUACUCCCCUUACUUUUUCGAAAACUUCGUUCCUUGUAAAAGAUUUUUACCGAGUAAGUUAGUUUCCUUAAACAAAUGUAUUUAUUGACCUACUCUUUGUGAUUUGGAGAAUCGGUAAAUAAUUUAGUUUCUCGUAAGGUUAAUGUUGUAUUACUUUUUUACACUUGUCUUUCUAAUAAAUCUAAAUCAUCUG